GGUCCACGCAAUACAUCUUGCCAUUCGAAACCGGCCGUCAAAAGCCAGCCAGCACUGCGCCAGAGAAAGCGAGCGAGCGAGCGCUUCAGUGAGUGAGUGAGAGAGAGACCCUUUCUCUCUCCUCCUCCUCUCUUCCAUGCCCAAACCCAUCGCCGCCGCCGGCUGCUCCGCCUCCCCCCGGACCACCCGCCUCCGCCUCCUCCGUCGUUUCCCCAGCCCGGGAAACGCGAAUGCCAUCCCCCUGAACACCCCAUUACCUUCAUCCCCUAUUUUCCUUUCUCUCCCGCCGCCUCCUCCUCCUCUUGCUCCUCCUUCCGAUGGUGCUCUCCCCGGAGCUUCUCUCCGCGUCCUCUAAUCUGUUCUGCGCCGAGGACGCCGAUGACGUGGCCUCGUGGGAUGACGACGGCGUGGCCGUCGUCGACGAGGAGUGGAACCUUCCUGUCUCCCCCGGCGACCGUCCCGUAGCCGCCCUUCUCGCCGCCGAGCCCGACCACAUGCCCCGUCCCGACUACCUCUCCCGCUUCCUCGCCCGCGCCCUCGACUCCACCGCCCGUCAGGACGCCAUCAAUUGGAUUCUCAAGGUGAACGAGUUCUACCGCUUCCGGCCGGUGACAGCGUACCUUUCCGUCAACUACCUCGACCGAUUUCUCUCCUCGCAUAACCUCCCGACGAUGCAGGGUCAGAAAAGCGGGUGGCCGAUACAACUGCUUUCGGUGGCGUGCGUGUCGGUGGCGGCGAAGAUGGAGGAGACGCACGUGCCGCUGCUGCUGGACCUCCAGGUCCUGGACCCGCACUUCGUGUUCGAGCCCCGCACCGUCCGUCGGAUGGAGCUCCUUCUCAUGGCCGCUCUCCGCUGGCGGAUGCGCUCCAUCACCCCCUUCGAUUUCCUCCCCCACCUCGCCGCCGCCCUCCCCUCCUCCGCCGCCCUCCUCUCCCGCGCCGCCGAUCUCAUCCUCAGCACCCACCGUGUGGUGGAUUUCUUGGCUUACCGGCCGUCGGCCAUCGCCGCCGCGGCCGUCCUCUGCGCCGCGGACGAGAUCGCCGACGUCCCGGCCCUAGACCACGGCGAUUCAUCGAGCCGCUUCGACGAGUGGGUGAACAAGGUUCAGGAAACGGUGCUUGGGUGUCGCCAGCUAAUGGAGGAGUACCUGAUAGACACGUGCCCUUCGGCUAGGCGGGCGAAGCCGGGGCGCGAGCCGCCGACUCCACAGAGCCCGGUCGGCGUGCUGGACGCCGCGGCGUGCGGUAGCUGCGACACCCAGAAAUCCUCCGCCGCGCCCAUGCCCGAGCCGCCUCCCAAGCGCCGGCGUCUGGCUGAGGGCCGUUGUAUAGAGAGUAUAGAUACGGGCAAUGAUGGUAAAAAUCUCUGAAGCUUUAUUAUAAGUUGGGAGAGAAAAAACUAGUAGUUCUUUUUAUAAUAUAAUAUGGAAUAGAUUUUGGAUGCAAGAUUAGCUUAGGGCCCUCACAGCUAGGGACUGUUGUGCUGCUCUUUUUGUUCCCAUCUCUAUUUAAUAAUAAUUCUUUGACGAGAGAUUAAGAACAA